AAGUUGUUUUAUCUAAUCUUGCAAUAACGCUAACCAUGACUGUCUCGGUAGCUAACGGCCGUGUCCUCAUAGUCGGAGCAACCGGCUUUAUUGGUCGGUUCGUGGCUGACGCCAGCUUGGAUGCUGGUCGACCCACUUAUGUUCUGGUCAGGCCAAGUUCCGGAAACCAAUAUUCCAAAGACAAAGUAGCCAAAGCCCUUCGGGACAGAGGCGCCAUACUGUUGAAUGGAUUGGCAAAUGACAAGGAGUUAAUGGUGAAACUGCUGAAAGAGCACCAGAUUGAGAUAGUAAUAUCAGCUCUGGGUGGCGCCACAAUACUAGAUCAGCUGUCUUUGGUUGAGGCAAUUCACUCUGCCGGCACAGUUAAGAGGUUCUUGCCGUCGGAGUUUGGACACGAUGUGGACCGAGCUGAUCCAGUAGAGCCUGGGCUCACCAUGUACAAGGAAAAGCGUCAGGUCAGGCGUCUGAUUGAAAAGCUGGAGAUCCCUUACACCUACAUUUGUUGUAAUUCCAUUGCUUCUUGGCCCUACCACAACAAUAGGCAUCCUUCCGAGGUCAUUCCACCCUUGGAUCAUUUCGAAAUCUAUGGAGAUGGCAGCGUCAAAGCUUACUUCGUUGCAGGCACCGAUAUAGGAAAAUUCACCAUGAAAACUGUUGAUGACAUUAGGACCUUGAACAAGUCAGUUCAUUUUAGGCCUGCCUGCAAUUUCUAUAACAUGAACGAGCUUGCAGCUUUGUGGGAAAGGAAAAUCCGGCGAACACUCCCUCGAGUUACCGUCACUGAGGAAGACCUUCUCUCGGCUGCGGCAGAGAAUAUUAUCCCACAGAGUGUUGUUGCAUCAUUCACCCAUGACAUCUUCAUAAAGGGUUGUCAAAUCAACUUCCCAAUCGAAGGCCCGAAUGAAACCGAAGCCUGCAGUUUGUACCCGAAUGAGCCAUUCCGAACAUUGGAUGACUGCUUCAACGACUUCGUAGCAAAGAUGAAGGAUGAAAACAUGAAGCAAAGCGACGAAAACACGAAGCAAAGUAACGAAAUCCCCCCCCCAAAGCCAGUAGUCGAAGCCUUCGCCAUCACAGCAACAUGUGCUUGACGUUAAAAAUAUCGACACCAAACUAUCCUUUUCUUUACUUCAUUCAUGUAGAGAUGUCAAGUCGAUUUCAUAUGGGUGUGAUCACUUCUUUAUUCCCCUUUAUUUACCUUGUGGUAGGGAAAUUGUAUUUGAAUAAGAGGACUGAGUGUUUAGUCUUUAAGGCUCUCUAAUUAGUAAAACAAAAUCUGUUCCAGCUAUAAAAGGAAGGUGUAGCAGAAGGAGGAGAAACAAAGAACACCAACCUGGCUGUUUUAUUUUAUACCUUAAUGAUUUGCUUUCUU